AAGCUUGCGGUCGACCUCUCAGAGAGUGCAUGUUUCUCAGCACUUCCACAUCUGUCUCCUACUUAUAGCCUCUCUCACCGCCUGGCUUUCCCUCUGGCUACCGUCUACAUUCUGCGACUGCUUCACGAACAAUGUUUGCUAAGAACGCCGUGAAUAUUGCCAGGAAUUGUGCUGCCGGUCACGUUCGGCGCGCCAGUACCGGCACCUCCGCUUCGACCUCUCGAUCGACCCUUCGUCUUGCUGCAAGUACAAGGCAUGGUGUACCAAGGUUGCAUCCGUCGGUACUGGUCACUCCUUAUAGGGACCGCCGAAACUAUGCGACACCCCCGCCGCAAGUAGUCCAUAGUGAUCUGCCAAUGGAGAAGUACCAUGCUUACUCCGACGCAACGAUGGAGCAAAUGCUCGAAUCUGUCGAAAACUUGCUGGAUGACAUGGGCGACCCAAAUUGCGAGGUCGAAUACAGUGCUUCGACUUGCCGGCAGAGCGGCGUGCUGACGCUCAAGCUCGGCGAGAAGGGCACAUACGUGAUAAACAAGCAGCCGCCGAACAAGCAGAUCUGGCUCUCCUCGCCAUUCAGUGGUCCGAAGCGAUACGACUACUCGGAGUCCGCGGAUGACUGGGUGUACAACAGGGACAACCGCACGAUGGGCGACCUGCUCGACAAGGAGCUCAGCAUUGCGUUGGGUCGUGAAGUCAGGUUGGGUGUCGCCGAGAUUUCACAGCUGGAGGCAUGA